CUGCAUCUCUCUCUCUCUCCCUCUCUCUUUCCCUCUCCUGCAUCUUCCCACCCUGCUCUGCUGCAUCAGCACCAACCUCUCUCCAUCCUUAGAGCAUCUUCCUCCUCCCAGCUUGGCUGAGCAGGGAAGGCUCAGUUUACCCAUUACUGCAAUUACCAGUAACCCUCCUUCCCGCCCUCCUCCUCCUCCUCCACCACCACCACCCCAAAGAAGAGGGGUCUUCGCCAGCCACCGUGUCUGUCUGUUGAGCCACACGGAGGGUGGGGGAGAAGACCCACAGAGGACCCACAGCCUCGCCAGGAAGCAAGCGCAAUGAAGGAUCGCACCCAGGAGUUGAGAAGUGCCAAAGACAGCGACGAUGAGGAAGAGGUGGUGCACGUGGACCGAGACCAUUUCAUGGAUGAGUUCUUCGAACAGGUGGAGGAGAUCCGCGGCUGCAUUGAGAAACUCUCGGAAGAUGUGGAACUGGUGAAGAAGCAGCACAGCGCCAUCUUGGCUGCCCCCAACCCAGAUGAAAAGACCAAGCAGGAACUGGAGGAUCUCACAGCUGACAUCAAGAAGACUGCCAACAAGGUGCGCUCCAAGUUGAAAGCGAUUGAGCAGGGAAUCGAGCAGGAAGAGGUGCAGAACCGAUCCUCGGCUGACUUGCGGAUCCGGAAAACGCAGCACUCGACCCUUUCCCGCAAGUUUGUGGAGGUGAUGACGGAAUACAACACAACCCAGUCCAAAUAUCGAGACCGAUGCAAGGACCGUAUCCAGAGGCAGCUGGAGAUAACUGGCAGGACAACAACUAACGAGGAGCUAGAAGACAUGCUGGAGAGCGGAAAGUUGGCAAUCUUCACCGACGACAUCAAAAUGGACUCACAGAUGACGAAGCAGGCCCUGAACGAGAUCGAAACCCGGCACAACGAGAUUAUCAAACUGGAAACCAGCAUCCGGGAGCUCCAUGACAUGUUUGUGGACAUGGCUAUGCUGGUGGAGAGCCAGGGGGAGAUGAUUGACCGCAUUGAAUACAAUGUCGAGCACUCCGUUGAUUACGUGGAAAGAGCCGUCUCUGACACCAAGAAAGCUGUAAAAUACCAGAGCAAGGCUCGGAGGCCUUCAUCAUGUCAUCUCUGCAUAAAAAGAGAUCAAAAUCCAGAAAAAAAGAACAAAGAAAACUUAGAUUUUUUGAUCUUUUUUACAAAAAAAAAAUCCAAUAUAACACACAAACCAACAAAAAACUGUUUGGAAAAAAAAAGAUACGACGACGCAAAGAUAAAAAGACAAACCUAACGAACGUGUCGAAAACCCCUUGACUUUCCAUUUUGGGUAUUGAUCUGUGUAUUGUUUCAAUGUAGGCGGUUUAUUGUAGUCUGUGGCGUAUUUGCUAAGAAACAACAACUUUUUAAAAAAAACUUCCUUUUU